CUGACGCUCUCGGCCAUCACUUCCUGUUUCCUGUACGAGCUUCGGCUGAGAGCGCGACGGGACCGGAGGGGAGGAGAAGGCUACAGAGUUCAGAAGCAUGGAUAAACACAAAGUGAAGCGGCAGCGUUUGGACAGGAUCUGUGAAGGAAUCAGACCCCCUAUCUUGAAUGGCCCAAUGCCUGUUCGUCCUUUGGUAGCUCUCUUAGACGGCAGGGAUUGCACAGUUGAGAUGCCCAUCUUGAAAGAUGUUGCUACGGUAGCAUUCUGUGAUGCUCAAUCCACCCAGGAAAUUCAUGAGAAGGUGUUAAGUGAAGCAGUGGGAGCCCUAAUGUAUCACACUAUCUCCCUGUCCCGGGAAGACCUGGAAAAGUUCAAAGCUCUUCGUAUUAUUAUAAGGAUUGGCAGUGGAUACGAUAAUAUUGACAUUAAGUCUGCAGCUGAACUAGGGAUUGCUGUGUGCAACGUUCCCUCAUCUUCAGUGGAGGAAACGGCCGAUUCAACGCUCUGCCACAUCUUGAACCUGUACCGGCGUGUUACAUGGCUGCAUCAAGCUAUGCGAGAGGGGAACAGAGCAUCCAGCGUGGAGCAAAUCCGAGAAGUUGCAGGGGGCGCUGCCAGGAUCAGAGGGGAGACACUGGGCAUCAUCGGACUUGGUCGGGUAGGCCAGGCAGUUGCUCUGCGUGCGAAGACUUUUGGCUUCACGGUCAUCUUUUAUGACCCUUACUUACCGGAUGGGGUUGAACGCUCACUGGGUUUGCAGAGGAUUGGAACUCUUCAGGAGCUUCUGAUGCACAGCGAUUGUAUCACGUUGCACUGCAGUCUAAACGAGCACAACCAUCAUCUCAUCAAUGACUUCACUAUAAAACAGAUGCGUCAGGGAUGCUUCUUGGUAAACACUGCUCGCGGAGGCCUUGUGGAUGAGAAGGCACUGGCUCAGGCUUUAAAAGAUGGCAGAAUUCGCGGUGCUGCUUUAGAUGUUCAUGAAUCCGAACCUUUUAGUUUUUCUCAGGGACCUUUAAAAGAUGCUCCCAACCUGAUCUGCACCCCACACACUGCUUGGUACAGUGAACAUGCUUCAAUUGAGGCAAGAGAAGAGGCAGCUAAAGAAAUUCGUAGAGCCAUUGCAGGCCCAAUCCCUGAUGCGUUGCGGAACUGUGUAAAUAAGGAAUAUUUGUUAGCAGCUGCACAGUGGUCAGGAAUUGAGCCAGCUGCUGUCCAUCCAGAACUCAAUGGGGCACCAGGAUAUAGGUUUCCCCCUGGAGUUGUUGGAGUAGCUGCCCCAGGACAUCCAUCUGCAGUGGAAGGGCUGGUGGCCUCGUCGCAUCCCUUAAUCCCCACCGUGUCUCACACGCCAUCCCCUGGACAGACCAGUAAACCAGACCCAGACAGAGAGAUUCCUACUGACCAGUAGCAACAUGGUGUCCUAUUUUGCCUUCCUAUAUAUAUAUAUAUAUAUAUUUUUUGUUUCGUUUUGAUUUCCUUUUUAUUUUAACCACCACAAUAUUUGUUAUUUAUCUCCCCCCUCUUCACGUUGGUUGUGGGGGGGGGGAGAGAAGCAGGAAUCUCCAGGUCUUUCAGCAGCUAAACCCACGUGAAGAAUGAUACGAGGCUGCAAACCCUGAGGUGUAUCAUCUCUCCUCACAACAGAAAGGAUGAUCAUAUUAUUGUCUGGAAACAUUUAAAUAUUGCCUUUCAGCAGAUAUAUUUUUUAAUCAAUUUUUAGUUUUACGUGUAAUACAAUACGGGUGGGUUAUCCUUCUGUGUGCUGGGCAGGCUCAUCUCUCCUGUUUUCGCUAGCGCGUCACGUGCCCAGUUGUCUCAGGGAGCGGAGGCAUCACCAAACCUUAGCAGUAGCGUCUGAUGGAUUGUGUACUUUAACCCCUGGCCUUCCUGGUAGAGGAGCGAAACAAAAACAAUAGAUUAUUUUGAAGUCCACUAUAUAAAAAGUUAUAGGUGGUCUAGAAAGCGAAUAAAGCGAGUGAGUCGAAAUUGUCUUUGGGAUCGUUUUAUUGGUUAAAAAGAGAACCAAACUAAAUCCUUGUUUUCUGAAUAGAGUUUGGACAUGAGAUCAAGCAGUCCAAAGCAGAUUUCCUUCCUCGGGUUUUGCUACAAUAAGAAUCUGUGUUCUGUUUUAGGGAGUACGCUUUUGUACCCUGGAUGUACUUAAGGCUGUUGUCCAAGGCAAUAAAUGCUUAGUUGGGCAUUGAUAGCCUAUUGAUUUAUCAGAGUUCAUGGCUGUGUAUAUUUUUCCUCACGCUAAUCCCUCCAGGCAUUUCUUUUUCUAAAUGUGUUAUGUUUACACUGCCGUUUUUAACUUUUUAUGGAAUGGGAUUCCAUGAUGUCUCCCAAACUAAUUUCAUGGGCAUAAUACAGGAGUAUCAAUGCUGUAUUAAAGUAGUGUUAAAGGCUCACCAAUCAGCUGGAUUUAUUAUUAUAUGGGCCUCAUUCACCAAGCUCUACCUUUUUUAGUGUAUUAAUAUGCAUGUAGGUUGAUCAAAGGUCGUGCAUUUUCCUUUUAUCCUAUAAUUCAACAGAGAAUUAGAGCUUGACACGGCACAGUCUUGGUAAAAAAAGAAA